AUUGACAGUCGACAGUUUUAGAGAAGUGACGCGAAGGAAUGGGCCUCCAGCCUUGCCUUUCAUAGCAGCACAACCACUUCCAUGUGAGGGUGAGCUCGAGCCCGAUCGGAGUUACUAUAUAUCAAAGAUUUGAGUUUCCGUAUUCACCUGCAGAGUUGUAAUCUUAUACACUCAAUUCUGUCACCAGCGCACAUCGAACACAUCUCUCCUCUCUCUGUUUGAGUUCGAAUUUGCAAAAGAGGAUAGAGUCAAAAAUCCACCCUAUGCGGCCCCAAAUUUACCCAGUUCACCGACCUGGGCUACUCAAGUGCUCUCCGAAAUGUAUGAGAUAGUCGCCCAUCACACGGUUCUAUAAUCUGACUUUCUUCAGAGCUUCUUCAAACCCAGAAGGUCUAUUUAACGCACAUUCCCUCUCCUUCGAGCGCCUAUUAUACGGUCCUUGGAAGAUGGCCUGAUAGACUCGUCAAAGUGAAACUUGCCAAGUGGUAACCAUUUAGUAAUCUUUGUGUUGUUCAUCAUGCAGACUGCAAGAAGACGCAUGCCCAGCACGUGCAUGCACACAAGUUGUGAAACUGCGACGGGAAUUUCUGUUUCCUUCUGGUGAGCAGGUCUUGUGGAUAGAGGAAGGGCCUCCUGUAGUCCCCGUUACAUUUCGCUCGCGCAUGUAAAGCAGCAAACGAUUCUUCCUCUUUGAGAGUGGAGGAGAGAAUGGAAAGUGCAAGUGUGUCCAUCCUAAUAGACGUUGCUGAACUUGCGACAGAGGGAAUGGACUCCGCAGACGAGGAGCCGGAGCUUCGUUCCGCUGUUCAGGACCUUAUACAACGUCUGGAGAGAAUAGAGUUUCGUUCCGCUGGUCUGGAGAGACCCGAGAGAUUGGAGGAGAUGGUUGCACGUUGGUACUCCUCUGUGAGAGUGGAGGAGAGAGUGGAAAGUGCAGGUGCGUCCAUCGUAAGAGACGUUGCUGAACUUGCGACAGGGGGAAUGGACUCCGCACACGAGGAACCGGAGGGAAGCUCCCGUUACUGGUCUGCAGGUUCCUCGUUAAGGGGAAUGGACUCCGCACACGAGGAACCGGAGGGAAGCUGCCGUUACUGGUCUGCAGGUUCCUCGUUUAGGGGAAUGGACUCCGCACACGAGGAACAGGAGGGAAGCUCCCGUUACUGGUCUGCAGGUUCCUCGUCAGGGGGAAUGGACUCCGCACACGAGGAACCGGAGGGAAGCUCCCGUUACUCCGCUGUCCAGGACAUUAUAGGUUGUCUGGAAGGAAAAGGCAAGCCUAUAACGGAGCUUCCCUGCUUAAGCCGGCAAGAAUUUCGAGACUUUUUCCCGGACCGUGCAUCGAUCUCGACGAUCAGUGGGUGGCGAAGCAAAGUGCGCCGUGAAGUGCUGGAGUCAAUCGGCAGCUGCAACACGUUUCAUUAUCUGGACGUAAAUGAUAUUUUUGGUGGAGAUAUAUCGAGGUUGGAGGCUAAGGAAUGGAAGGUACUUCUGAGAGGGUUUAGCUGUAGCACCGUCCUACGAGCGAUAAGAGUUGAAGGAUUGAGAUGGAAAUCAAUUGCGGAAGUGGAGAGCUUGGAAAGCUUGUGUUUACAGCUGGGAGGAAUUCUGAGAACCUCUAGCGUUACAGAUUUGACAAUUGGCAAUUGCAGAUUGAGUGCCAGAUGUUUCUUGAAUCUCGCAUCAGGACUGGGAGGAAAUGACGAGUCUAAACUCAAGACUUUAGAACUACAUAAUGCAUGGAAGGACUCGGACGCGGUGAAGCCUAUUGCUGACAUGAUCAACAGUGCUACUCGAUUAGAAACUUUGGAAAUAGGGGGCUCACCGGAUGAUCGCAUGUACGACAUGGAUGAGGAGGCCGCUAGAAUCCUGUCGCGGGCUUUAAUCCAGAGCUCGUCUCUGAAAAAAUUGGUUCUAAGGGAGGUGGAGGGCGAAACAUCGGCUUUCUUGCUGAAGGCAUUGCAUGGAGAUGGCAGCAAUCGAAGUAUUCAAUGUCUUCAUCUAAUUUCUGUGUCUGGACUCGGAGACUCUUUACGAGAACUUCUGACAUCCAACCCAUACUUGAAGGAAGUGACGUUGGCCGCCAUCCACAUGCGUCCCGAGGAAUGGAGGCGACUGGGCCAAGCCAUACGCGAGAAUGCUACAGCCAGAUCUAUUCGCGUGUUCCAGAAGAUGCAUCACAAAGAUCACUUGAAGGGAGUAGAAGAGCUUGCGUGUGCUGCUAGCUCCGAUGUCAUGUACCCCAAAGUGGAGCUGAUAAUCACAGUAGACCAUUACGAUGCAUUGGUGUCAGCACUCAUCUUUGUGGGUAAGGUAUUGCGCGGGAAUAUCACAUCUCUAGAAUCUUUGAUUCUAUUUUUAAAUUGUUCUUGCCCUCCAGGCAGCAACCCAAAUGGAAUGGGAAGUAUACUACCAAUGGAUGAAAAUCUUCGAGACACUACAGUGCUGAAGAGACUGAGAUUAUUUGUUCAAGAGAAAGAAACUUUGAAGGUAGUAUGGAAGUGCCUGCUUGAGUGCUUGCGAGAUAACACAAGUGUCACUCAAUUGGAUUUGUCUGACUCCGAACUCGACGACGAGGCGUUCGGAGACCUGAUGGGGUUACUUCAAGUGAACUUGACUCUCAAGGAAAUCAAUUUCUCACGAACCUCAUGGGAGACGGACGGAAAGGCAGCGCAGGUUCAAGAGGCCCUCGAGCAGAACCAGAAACGGGCUCAAUUACUUCAGCAGGCAAGACCUCCCCGUAUAACUUAUGUUACAAACAAUGUUGGUACUUUUUAUAAGAUGAGUGCAGGUUUGCAUUCCGGGAGAAUGGUUCGCUUACACAUGAUGUGUGAAUCACUGACUGGGUUUCACCGUGUCAAAGAUCAAAAAGGUUUGAAGAUAUGCUUGGAGAAUAACUUGGAGAAUAACUCAUGGAUUCUGAAAGCUGUUGAAUUCUCAUACAAAGUCAUGUACUAUGCUGCAAAGCAUAGUACAAGCAAAGUGAUUCCGGAUUGGGCAGAUUUAAUAUAUGAUAUUGUUAUACUAGAUGGUCUUAGCGAUCUUAAUCGUAGGGCAGAUCUAAAAGGUGGGGACAGUAGGGAGCUAAGCGAAGUAAGGUUGAGGAUUGAACAAACUCUUGAGCCUCAUCUUAAAGAUAGGUAUUCAUUUUUGUUCAAGUUGUAUAAGGUGAAAUAUGUGGGACUAGAAUUAGGUGGCCAUGCAUGGGUGUGCAAGAAGUGCAUGUGUGAAGGUCUUAGAUCUGGCAUUUUGACAUGUUAGGAAUUUGAAGAUGUUAGAAUGUCAAUAUGCAAUUGACAAGCAUAUGUUUAGAUCCUCAUGCAAUAUGAACCUCUGAUGAUCAGGAUGCAAAUGUUGUAACUCCUCUUUUGUUUC